AUGGCCGUCCUCUCUAAGGAAUAUGGUUUCGUGAUUCUAACUGGUGCUGCCAGCUUCCUAAUGGUAACUCAUCUAGCCAUCAACGUUUCCAAGGCCCGCAAGAAGUACAAAGUGGAGUAUCCUACAAUGUAUAGCACUGACCCUGAAAACGGACACCUCUUCAACUGCAUUCAGCGGGCCCACCAGAACAC